UGAGUUUCUUGAUGUGUGUUUACAUUGUAGAUAAUGUCAAAAUUUUUGAUUAAUAAAUCAAAUGUCCGGCAAUAUAUUCAUUGUGCCUUACUUCACCAUGAAACAAAAUAUGCCGAGCCAGCUGCUGACAUUAUCGCAAAAGAGUGGAACCAUAGCGCUGGAGAAAAGGAGCGAAACAUUGAAAGUAUGAUAAUGAAAUCUAAAGAUACUCUUCCCUGUCACUUAGCUUUGGUUAUAAAAUCUGUUGUUGAAGUGGAUAAUAAUUGUAUAGAAAAUGACUAUCCAGAAAAGACAAUUGUGUUGGAGCCAUCUGAGGAGCAUGAUUUGGUUGUGGCUCAUGUUAAACUAUUGAAGGUAGAUGGUCGAAGUGAUGGCCAAUGUUGUUCAUGUUAUUCUCUUGUUGUUAUGGAUAGAUAUCGUGGCCUUGGCUUGGGAAGGUUAUUGACUGAAGAAGCUGAAAAUUAUGCUCGAUCACGGGGCUUUGGGCAUAUCUAUCUGUCAACAAAUGAUAAGGUUAAAUUUUAUGAACAUAUUGGUUACAAGAAGUGCGAGCCAGUUGCAUCUUUGUCUGCUAAUUCAAAACGCUUAACAUCUACCCAAGUGUCUGCACUAGAAGGUGUGUUUGCGAAAAGACUAAACAUUUGUAAUCCAACUACAUGUAAUAGUUGGUUAAGAAAGCGAUUGAUUCAAGAAUACCCAUUGACGGAACCAAUGAAUCUGGACUGUUUUAUUGACAUCCUAACGGAAAAGCUUGGUAAUAUUUUUUAUGAUGGAAAAGUAGAACCGUGUGAGAAUUAUAUUGGUUGGGUGAUUCGGUUACCAUGGCAACAACAAAUAGGUCCAUCAUGCGGAAUAUCAGCACUUAAUAUGAUAAAGAGUAUAAACAUCAGUUCUAGUAGUCAGGCUCUUGAGGUGUGUAGUUGUAUUUCAAGAAACUCCAAACCUGAGUUAAACCUGUCAAUGGAAGACUUGUCUGUUCUUGAAUUUGCAAUAAAAUUAGGUAUAAGUUAUGAUGGGGAACUGUUUUGUGCUUAUAACCUUAUUUACUUAGCUCAAAAGGCUUUCAAUGUUAACUUAUUUGUAAGAGAAUUCAAUGAAACAUUGGUUCCUGAAAUUUGCAAAAAUAUUUGUAAUGGCUUUCCUAUGCUUGUGCCAUACGACAAAAGCAUAAACGAUCACACGCCAGGAUGCUAUAAUGCUAAACAAGCCCACUGGGCCGUAAUUGUUGGGGUGAUAUUUCCAGGCACACCAGAUAACGUUAAUAAAAAAAGCUAUGUUAUGAAGAAUAUUGUUGAUGGCGUUAAAAUUGCUGUCAAAGACAUUGGGAAAAGUAUGCGUUCAGAUAGUGUUUGUUUACCUGAGAUUUCGGAUGAUAGCAAUAUUAUGCUUAUUUGCAUGCAUGCUAUGUCUUCAAAACCAUUUGUGUGCACCUUGAGAGACAUGUUAGAAUCGAACCAUCAAUUAAAUAAAAACAGAUCGAAAUAUUUUCUCUCGGCUGAGGACUUAGAGCAUUUACGAAAUAAAAUUGUAUGUUUUCAUUUUUAGUCAAAAAUUUUAAAGACCGUUUCUUUAAUUUUAUAUGUGUAUAGUAUCGUUAUAAUAUGUAUGUGUUCUCCAACAAGGAAUUUUAUAAAUAACCAAAUUUUUAUUUUUGGAUAAGGUAUUGUAAUAAGGAGAAGUAAUAUUCUGAUUUAUAUAAUUUAUUAUUGUUUUUUUGUAAUUGCCAUAUUGUCAUAGUUAUUGUAGGCCUACAUGUUUUCAUUGCGAAAUCCAAAACAAUAUUGAGCAACCUUUUUAUGUUAUGAGCACUUUAGUGCUAUUUCAAAGCAAUUUACCACAUCGAAUCUCAAAAAGUUCCCCCAUCAAAUUCACUGUGAUUCUUUCUUCAUGGAACUUUUUGUGCUGCAUAAGAGGAGCUAUGUAUUGCGUUUUGUUGUGCAAGUUAAAUAUUCUCAAUGCUCAGUUAAAACCCUUUCUAAAAAGUUCUUAGCAGGUUUUACUACACACAAGAACAAAAUCAGGAUAAAUGCUAGAUUGUUAUUUUUCAUUGUGAUAUUUUCUAUUAGGAAUAACCGUGAAAAAAGAGUAAAUGAAUUUUUACCUGUUUUUAUCUUUACUUAUGAUUGGCCUUGCAAUAUUCUUUGAAACCCAAUAAAUUUUAGUGCAAUUCUAAAUUUCCACUCAAAAACAGAAAAUGAUUGAGAAAUUGUGAUUUCUAAAAUUUGACAACAACAAAAACACAAAAGAAUAGUACGAAGAAAAGUAUUAUUUUUCUAUCUGUUUUGUUUCUUGGAUGGAAAUCCAACUUAAUAUUCUUUAAGAAAUCUAUGGAUAUUGCACUGUGGUGGCAAUGUUAGUGAGAAAAUACUUAUGAUCUUAAAUAACUAGCAUCUUUAGAUGGUAAAAGGUUGACUUUUUUUAAAAUUACAUCUUUGUAUUUAUUGCAGGGUGUUUUGCGAUCUAAAAAACCUGUACAAUCAAGUCAUGGAUUUUAUAAAAUGGAUCAAAAAGUCUACCAAAAGUCAAAAAAUUUCGUAAAAAAUUUAAAAGCCAGUCAAUUUUGUUGUAUGAAACGCAUUCGUCAACUAUCUACUUGCAAAUGUAAUAUAGCCUUAAAAACCUUUUUUUUGUAACAAGCGAAUUUGAAGUAGAAAAAUUAAAAAAAAAAAAAAAUGGCUGUUAUAUUUAUUUUUUUAUAUUGUUAUAUUAGUGUGAUAUUUUUUGUUGUGUUCUUCAAUUUACUGCAGAGUAAAAGAUGUAAAAGGAUGACUGCAAUUUUUGAGAAAGAACAAGUACAGUCGUUACACCGAUACAUUGUACAAGAUGACAUCAAACAUGUCUUGUUCACCAAAGUGUCGUCACAAAAGGAUGUGGUCAACAUAUGCAUUUCUGAUGGUUUCAACAUAUGCGUGAAAGAAUUGGAAGAAGACUGCUUAGACACAUAUGUAGGUCACCGAUGCAGACUGUGGAUCAAAAGAAAGUUUUUUCUCAAUUAUUAGGUCGUCUUUUGCCACUGGUGACUUCAGCAUAUCUCCCAUAUCAGAGAGUUUCAUCGUGCGUUUCGGUUCAGGCUCCUUAUCUUUCACACUCACGCUACACCCAACAACUGCUGCGCAAAGAAAAGAACUUUUUCAAUACAUCUUUUUUCACCUAGCUGGAACUGUCGAUAGCUUAAAUGAACAAAUAAAAGGCGACUUAUAUAACUUACUUGUAGUUUUUUUUU